AUGGGCGGAAGAGGAAAUGGAAACAUGGGGCACCAUGGGUGGAAUGGUAGGCAUGGAAGAUAUAGAAACUAUGAGGAGGAGAUGGAGCCGCGGUAUGAUGAUCCCACCAAGUCUAUCAAGCACACAUUUCCCGAGUUCUACGGCAAGUUUGAUCCCGAGGCCUACUUGGAAUGGGAGUCACAAAUGAGCAAAAUUUUCUCACUCCAUAACUUUUUGGAAGGUGAUAAGGUGAAGGUGGCAAUAGCCGAGUUUCGUGGCAAUGCGGAUACAUGGUGGAAUGAUACGAUGAGGAGGAGAAGGAUGGUUAGGGGAGGGGAAGUGGGUUCGUGGGCGGAGUUGUGUGAGCUCAUGAGGACUACCUUUGUACCAAAGUCCUAUUUCCUCCGACUUCGAGGGGAGUUUCAAGAUUUGAAGCAAGGGACGAAGAGCGUAAUGGAGUACUACUAUGAACUCCUAUCAUUGAUGAGCAAGGUAGGGGUGGAGGAGCGAGAAGAGGCGACUCAAGAUCGAUUUAUCCAUGGCCUUAACAUCAACUUGAAGCACAAGGUGCAAGUGGAGGCAUUGAGGGGAAUUUCCUUGGACGAGGUGAUUGGGUUUGCCGACACUUUUGAGAGGCAAAGUAAGGAGUUGGUUUCUAGCCGGGCUAAAUGGGCGUCUAGCCAAACCGGAGGGACGGGGACUAGCAAGUGGAGUGCUCCCGGCAAGAAGGUGGAAAGCAUGGCCAAUCCAAACACCCAAGGGAGGCCGAUCGCGAAGGCUCUACCGGGUACUCAACCUAUUAAAGCUAUAGCCCCUAUGGAAGACAAGAAGGUUCAAUGUUUCAAGUGCAAGGGGUAUGGCCAUUAUGCACGCGAGUGCCCAAACCAACGGGUAAUGGUUAUCGGGCAAGAUGGUAGCGUGUAUAGUGAGGAAGAUGAAGAAGAUGGGGAGGGUGUGGGCACUAAAGAAGUGAGCCCGGACACCGACAUAGCUUUUUCUAGUGGCGAAGAAGAAGAUACACCCUUAAGGGCUAUGGUUGUACUCCGAAUGCUCAAUGUACAACCCAACCUUGAAGAGCAUAAGGAGCAAAGGUGCAACAUCUUUCAUAUGAAGUGUAAGGUGAAGUCCAAGACGUGCUUGGUCAUCAUAGAUGGAGGGAGUUGUACAAAUGUGGUGUGUGACCGGUUGGUGGCCAAGUUGGGAUUGAAGGUACUUAAACACCCAAACCCCUACAAAUUGCAAUGGUUAGGGGACUCCGGAGAGUUGAGGGUGAAGGCUCAAUGCAAAGUUCCAUUGAAGAUUGGAGAAGUUGAGGAAGACAUCCUAUGUGAUAUCAUUCCUAUGACGGCAUGUCAUGUUUUGCUAGGGAGGCCAUGGGAGUUUGAUAGAAGGGCCUACAAAAAUGGCUUCACGAAUGAGUAUUUCUACAUGCUCAACGGGUUGAAGGUUCGUUUGAAGCCAUUGCUACCUAGUGCCGUGUUUGAGGCUAGCCAACAUCUACAAAAGGAAAGAGAGAGAGAUAGGGAAAAAAGGCUAGUAGAAGAAUGUGAGCUAAAAAAGCCAAGUGAGAGUGGGGGUGGUGAGAGAAAAAUAAAAGCGCCCAAAGGAGAGCACCCACAAACAAGAGGGGGAAAGGAAUGUUUGAUAGCUAGUAAAACCGACCUUGGGUGGGCACUAAACAAUCACCCCUCCGUUCUCCUCGUGGUCCGUAAGGAUUUGUGCUUAGCUACUAACCUUGACCCGUAUCCUUUGAUUGUCCAAAGUGUGUUGCAGGAAUUUGAAGAUGUAUUCCCGGAAGAACUCCCGAGUGAACUCCCUCCCAUGAGGGGGAUCGAGCAUCAAAUUGACCUUUUGCCGGGAUCAUCACUCCCAAACCGGGCCGCAUACAAGGCGAACCCCAAGGAGACACAAGAGCUACAAAGGCAAGUCGAGGAACUCCUUGCCAAAGGUCUAAUUCGUGAAUCUCUAUCUCCUUGUGCCGUACCCGUCAUUCUUGUACCUAAGAAGGACGGAAGUUGGAGGAUGUGUGUAGAUUGUAGGGCAAUUAACAAAAUCACCAUCAAAUAUAGACACCCUAUACCUAGGUUAGACGACAUGUUAGAGGAUCUUUGUGGCUCUAUAUGUUUUUCUAAAAUUGAUUUGGCUAGUGGAUAUCACCAAAUUCGCAUGAAAGAGGGAGAUGAAUGGAAAACCGCUUUCAAAACCAAAUUUGGCUUAUAUGAAUGGCUUGUGAUGCCUUUUGGUUUGACU